CAGUUGAUUAAUUUGACAAUAAAACGUCAAUAUUGAAAAUCUUAUCCUAUUUUUACAGAGUUUUACAAUCUUAAAUCAGCAUCCAUUGUUGCCCUCUAUUAUGUGGAACUCAGUCAUAAGAUUGGGUGUUAUUUUAGAAACUCGAUGUACAUAAGUUUCUUAGUUUUCAUGGUUAUCAGUCCAAAUAUUCUGCCACCUUCGGAAGCGAAACCUUAUUUCACGAGGAACCAUCUAUUGAACUCAGUUGGAGACUCUGAUGACAUGAUAGACUGGACUUCGUAUAACAGAAACCAGAAGCAAGAGCCGAAAGGAUUACAGGAAGCAGCAGAUUACCAAACACUGACAGAAAGAAGCGAAACAUCUGACGGACCAGAAGCUGUAUCAAAAAACUACAGGGAAUUUUCCGGAACAGGUGGAACUGCUUUAAACGAAAAAAGAGAAACAGCCUCUGAGAGAAUGUCAACUUCCGAAAUGCCAACCUCAGAAGAACCUAAAGAAGUGAUGAAGAGAUCGGAUUUGGAAGAUCCUAAUUACGUCAUCAAUGAAAACGAGUACCAUGGUGAAGAUUUGGGAGAGGGGAUAUCGAAUCUGUAUAAUAAAGUGAAGGACUCGGUGAAAGAUAAGGUGAUGAAGAAAAAAAGUAAUACAGGUCUGGAAGAAGGGGAGGAGGAGGAUGAUCCAUUCAAUCUGAGGGAUGAUUAUAAGAGUGAGGAGAGAUUCUAUCGACAAAACAACCCUGUAUGUUUUCGGGAUGAACGAACUGCCAAUGGAUAUAGUGAUUUUGAGGCAGAUCCCGAAGAGCAUUCAUUCGUCAUGGAUGCUGCACCUCCUGCCUAUUUCCUAGGAUCCCCUGAAUACAAGUCAAGACUAUAUAAAGUAGGGUGGCUGCAACAAGAUCCUGAAUCUUCUAACUCAUAUCGAAGAAGGCGUGAAACCGACUAUCAAUUCUCGAACCCAGAGGAAGCAUACUCCCACGUUGCCAACAGAGACUGCGAUACCAAUGAAAAGAUAUUGCAAGCGAAGAAGGAACUCAUGAGCAUGAUAAGAGAGUUGAAGGAUGAUUUCUUGAACAAAAAUAACCUCACCUUCAUUCCGAUCCUAUUCGUACCUAAUUGCGAAAGCUGCAAACUACCAUGUCCAUGUAUUCCUUUGUGUCGAAAGUGUGACCAUGAACCUCGAUGCUGUCCUCAAGAAGGUAUUAACAUUGGAAAGAUGACCAUCAUCCUGUUGGUGAACAACUCAUUGAGCAUCGUGUUGCCUGGAAUGUGCCAAGAAAUACCCAUCGCCUGUCAAAAAGAGGUACCGAUUAUUUGUCUACAAGAACCACCACAUUGCUCACCGUGUCCACAGCCAUGUUGUGUACCUUGUCCUUACAAGAGGAAUGUGAUCACCAAUUUGAAACAGUGCCUGGAUAACGCGUUCAACUUCAUCGAUUUCAGAAAAGUGUUGACGGAUGAUGAGUUGCACCGUAGGGACUCUAGGAGCAUACACUGUUGCGGCGAGAUAAUACCAGGUAUCUUACUGUAUCCCAAGUGUUACAGUUGCAAUUUGCCAAACUGCAAAAGAGUAGUGAAAGACGUGAGUACUGAGAAAACUGAGAAAUUGGAAACCUCUUGCUCUGCCACAACUGAAACUGAGUGCACGUCCAAAUUCAGAAGAAGUGUGGAAUCUGAUAAGAACACCAUAACAGAAGCCGAUAUUGUAGCCGAAGAGGCGGAAUUGGAGAUUGACAACAAGAAGCCUCAGUUAGAGAUGCCGAAAGACUUGAACCUAGAGGAGGUACGAAAAUCGACUGCAGCUAUUAAUACUCCCAAAAGCAUUUGAACUAGAGGUUAAUUCAACAAGGCCCCUAGGAUGUUGACCAACGAUUUCAAUUAUUAUAUCUACCCAUGUUAUCAAAACUAGUUGAAUUGAAGUCAUAACAAAAAAAGAUUUAAUCUCUCGUUCCAGAAGAUAUCUACAAGGAAGAAGUGCCCCUUGAAAUCUAUUGCAUGAACUAAGUUCAGAAUGUCAGAGUUCGCAACCCGUGAACUUAAGUUUCUCUCGAAAUGUAAUAAACCAAUCAAUCUUCUACAUAAAUGUUUAAGAGCAAACUGCCUUUAUUCACAAUUUUUUUGAAUAAAGAUUUUGGAAAUA